AUGGAGGCGCACUCCAUUCAUCUCUACAGAAGUGUCCGAGUGGCAGUGAUACAGCCUGACGGAGCUUUGAUGACAACGGAGGGCAAAGAACAGCAAAUUCUAUUCAUUAAACAGGACGGAACAUUCGAUGGAACAGGCCAUGUUGCUACCUGUAUUAUGCAACACGAAAUGACCAGUAUCCGAGCGGAAAUCAUUCGCUUUUCUGCCUAUUCCGUUGAACACCGAUCAUUUCAAAUUGUAAGAAUGCCAUCACGAGUGAAGUUCACAUCUCCAUGGCAACCCUUUGCUCAGCUGAAUUGGAUCCCAUCUCCAGAAGGGUACGGGUUAAUAGCAACUGCCUCCUUCUCUCGUUUUCCCGGCGAGGUGGCCGUGCGGAUGGGCCCAUCUGGCCGGGCGGUAGGCACAGCUACUCAAACUCUCAUCGCUGGCCACGGCUCGCCCAUGACUUGUUCAAUCAACAUCGAUAUCUCGGAGGACGAUUUGAUCGUCAUUUUCCAGCCAGACGAUCCAACUUUAGCCCCCGUGCUGACCCAAAUAUUUACCAGACCGCCCUUCGGGUGGAAUACAGAGACUGUCGAGUCGGAUCCCUACUACACCAAUGACUCUCUCAGCAUGCCAGAACAAAACAAUAUGGUUUAUGCACCUGAAGCAGAAAACCACAGUGGAAUCUGCUUCCCAUAUUGCAGCAGCGUCAUCUCUCCUUUUGAACCAGGACCCGGCCGGCAAAGUUGCGUUUCAGAUCAAUACCAAUUGCCCUAUGCAGAUAAAUCUAGUCCAGCUUCUGGAUCGACACUCAGCAUCGGCUCAGAAGAUCAAAACAGUGCACAGUUCACCACCAUCAACAGUGCUGGCACACACCAUGAUACUCUUGAUGACCGUUGCAUCGUCGUCAAACUGCUGCCGUAG